CGCAACCCUGAAAGUCUGGUGCUUAGUCAGACGAACACUUCAAUUAUCGACAACCCCUUCACUUCUGACUCAAAUCACACACAACACAGAGGUUGCCAGGGGAUUGUCACCAUCAGACAUGAAAGGCUUUAGGGAUUUGGACUGGAUAUAUUUCCAUCAAUGGAACGACGGCCCCAAUCUUAAAACCAUCACCACGCUACUUGGAGAAGGAGCCCCCACGGGACUCCAGAAAUACCGCUACAACCAAAUUGCGCACCAUUUCAGUUCCUUACCUGGCUCUUCCGAGAGCUCUCACCACAUUCAAGAGUUUCUGCACCACUAG